AUGAGGUGCAAGCUCACAAUCUGUUCGCUUUCCCUGCGCAGUGCAGUCUGCUCAACCGGGAUGAUCGGUAACUACAGCAAACCCGAUGUGGCGCAACCUGCGGCACAAGUGCUGGGCUACUCCUGCCGUCUUCCCGAGUCCGGCAGCCCAUCCGAGUUCUGGGAAAACCUCCUCACCGGUGUCGACAUGCAGACACAGGACGACCGUCGCUGGCCAGUGGGGCAGCUGAAGACACCGCCUCGUUCCGGCAAGCUGCCAGACUAUGACAAGUUUGAUGCCAGCUUCUUCACAGUGCAUGCCCAGCAGGCAAAUAAAAUGGACCCCCAGCUGAGGAAGCUGCUGGAAGUGUCCUACGAGGCACUGAUUCACAGCGGCCUCAUCAUUGGAGACCUGCCCUCAGAGCGCUGUGGAGUAUACGUCGGCUGCUGCGGCUCAGAGGUGCAUGCGCAGUGGCUGGCGGACAUUGACAGCGUGACUGGCUAUGAGCAGACCGGCUGCGCUGCGUCCAUGUUUGCCAACCGGCUCUCCUGGUUCUACAACUUCAAAGGACCUUCGAAGAUCGUCGACACAGCGUGCUCCUCGUCGUUUGUGGCUCUCAACGAUGCCAUCAGCGACAUCAAGGCGGGAGUGAUUGACUAUGCCGUGGUCGGAGGCGCAAGCGCCAUCCUGCGGCCUCAGACCUCUGUUGCCUUCGGCAAGCUGAACAUGCUGUCCCCCGAGGGCCACUGCAAGUCCUUUGACGCGAGCGCCAACGGCUACGCGCGGGCGGACGGCAUAGUGGCAAUCGUGAUAGCGCGGCCAGGGAUCACUCUGCCGCAGUUUGCACCGGUGCCGCCCCGGGGAGAUAUUCUAGCAAUUGCGACUAACAAUGACGGGCGCACGAAAGAGGGCGUCACAUUUCCCUCCGGCCCCGCGCAGCGCGCCCUCGCCGAAGUGGUGUGCGCGCAAGCCGGCAUCAAGCCGAGCCAGGUGGCCUAUGUUGAGGCACACGGCACAGGGACCGUUGUGGGCGACGGUCAGGAGUUGGGCGCUCUCGAGGAGUUCUAUGCUAUCAAGGGGGAGCGCACUGCGGAAGAGCCUCUGCUGAUUGGGUCUGUCAAGUCCAACAUGGGCCAUUGCGAAGGCUGCUCCGGCCUGGCAGGGCUGCUGAAAGUGCUGAUGUCAUUCGAGCAUGGCACGCUGCCGGCCAACCUGCACUUCAACGAGCCAAACCCCAACAAUAAGUCUCUCAAGGAAGGGGUCAUCAAGGUUGUAACUGAGACGACUCCCUGGGAGGGGGGGAUUGUGGCGCAGUCCAAUUUUGGCUUUGGAGGUACGAAUGUCCACCUUUUGGUGCAAGGCGGCCCAAAGCCAAGCCUGCCUCUCGGCUUUGCUCCUUCAACCCCUGACGUCUCCGAUGGCGAGGGUGCAGCGCUCUCAGACAGCCAGGGAGACACAGAUGAGGAGGUUUCUGGCUACAACGGCAUCAUUCCCCUCGCUGCAAGAACCCAGCAGGGAUUUGAUGCACUCGUCAAGUCAAUCCAGGCCGCCCCUGGGCUGAUUGAAGACGUGGCGGCUUCGAUGCGCCGCUUUGCCAACAGCGUGGGCGCUGACUCAACCAAGCUGACUGUGCGCGGGACUCUUCACAAGGGAGUUGCCAAAUCCGCCACUGCUUCCUCGGCCAAUGCGCCCAUCUGGUUCGCCUUCUCAGGCAACGGAAGCCAGUGGCCCAAGAUGGGGCUGGAGCUCCUCUCCGAGUCGCCAGCUUACAGCAGGGGAGUCAAGGCGUGCGCAAAGGCACUCCAGCCUUUUGGCAUCGAUCUCAUUGCUGCCUUCAGCGACGAGGCCGGAUUCUCUGAAGACCCCAUUCUGGCUGCUGUUGGGCUCAUCGCUCUCCAGGUCGGCCUGACUGACAUGCUGGCAGAGGAGUAUGGGAUUGUGCCUGCCGGGUUCCUGGGCCACUCUGCGGGAGAGAUUGCCUGCGGAUACGCCGACGGCGGAUUCACCCGCGAGCAGGCGGUGCUGGUGGCGUACCACCGCGCCCGGCAGUGGCCGGAUGGGGGACUGGCGGGGGGCCUCAUGGCUGCCACCGGACUCAGCGCGGCGGCCGCGGCCGAGCGGCUGAAAAGGGAAUGCCUGAGCAGCUGCGUGGUCGCAUGCGACAACAGCCCAACCAGCACAACUCUCUCAGGUCCCAAGAAGGAGCUGCAGCCGGUGCUGGACGCUCUGAAGGCAGAAGGAGUGUUUGUGCGUGCGCUGUCGACCUGCGAAGUGGCCUACCACUCACCCCUGCUCGACCCCGUGCUGCCCCAGCUCAGCGCAGCGUUGGAGGCGCUCAUUCCAACCCCCAAGCCGCGGUCAGAGCGCUGGGUCUCCGCUGCUUUCCCUGCCGGCACCGAAGACCCCGACGCACUCCUCUGCUCCGCAGCCUACCAGGUGCACGCCUUCCGCAACCGGGUGCAAUUUACUGACGCGGCUGCCGCGGUUCCCAAGAACGCCAUCCUGCUGGAAGUCGGACCCCAUGGAGUGCUGCGCUCUCCACUGCGCCAGUGCCGCCCUGAGGUGCCCUAUGUUGCCACAAUCAAGAAGGAGAGCAAUGCAAGUCUGACAGUGCCAGACUCGGUCUGCGAGCUGUGGCGCAAGGGCGCUACCCUCUCCUGGCCGGUUGAAAAACUCAGCAAGGAGGCCACAGAGCUGCCUGCUGAGGUGGCGGCUGCGCUGGUGAGCUGGGACCAUAAUGGAGAUUAUCCCCUGCCCAAAGCCUGGUUCUCAGGCACCGCUGGUUUCACCAAGACAUUCAAGCUCGGCGACCCCGAGCACGCCUUCAUCGCAGACCACAACGUGGACGGUCGCAUCCUCAUGCCGGCGACCUCUUACCUGGUCACAGCAUGGGAGGCGCUCGCAGCGCAGCAGGAGAAGAAAAUGUCCGAGCUGCCCGUGCUGUUUGAAGACGUGACGCAAGGCGGGGACCUGAUCGCAGGGGGAAAGAUCUCUGUGGUCCACCAGAAGGAGGCCCCAAAGCCAGCAGCUGAUGCGGCAGAGAAGGAAGAAGCGCCCGAAAAGCCGGCUGCCGAGGAGACAACCAUUCAAGCUGAAACUGACGCAGACGCCGAGGCAGAGCCAACCGAGGUUGACUGGAGCCACGGCGUGCUGGACACGAUGGAGGCGCCCGAAUUCUACCGCCAGGUGCUACGGACCGGGAUCCGCUAUGGGCCCCACUUCAAAAUGCUCGUCAAGAAGACCAUCGACGGCUCAGCCGCCGUCCUCAGGUGGGACGCAUGCUUCAUCCGCCUGCUGGACGGUCUCCUGCAGGCAGGGGCGCUGAACGCAACCGACACGCAGCUGCGAGUGCCCACAGGCAUCCGCCGCCUUCUCAUCAAGGAUGCCAACCCAGCCUCAAUCACCGGCUCAGAAGGCGCGCUGCCGAUGCUUGUAUGUUCAAUAAAAUAUGUUCAGGGGAACUUAUUGUGGACUCACAUUUGUGGCGGGUUCAGUGCACAGGUGAGCGAGGACACAGAGAGGUUGGCCUACUACCGUAAGCUGGAGGGAUUCCUGGCAGCCACCAUCAGGCCCCACCUGGUCGCCAUGCAAGCUAGUGAGGAGGGCCUGCCUGAUCACCUGCAAAAGGUGUUGAAGCUGGUGAAUUCGGUGCCAUAUGAGCCUCCGAGCGCAGAAGAGGAGAAAGCCUUCCUGGCAGAGCCAUGCCACAUUUUGGCCCGCCUCUACAGGGACCUGUUCAAGGACAAGGAGACUGCCAAGGCCACCCUGGCGAAUCCCAACAUGGCGAUCGUGCAGCACCCUGAGCACAACGAUCUGUACGCAACCGAUCUCGUUGCAAGGGGCUUUGAGAAGGAGGUGCUGAUAGUCAUGCUAGAGGUGGUCAGAGAGAAUGUUUCCACCGACGGCUUCCGCUGCGCUGAGGUCGGCGCCGGCACCGGCGGAUUCACCCGGCAGGUGAUCGAUGAGCUGGAUCGCUGCCCCUACUCGCAGCUGCUCAAGUAUGUGGCCACAGACGUGUCUGCCAGCUGGGGCGCCGCUCUCACGAAGAGCCUCAAGGUCCCGGCCCUCGAGUUCAAGGUCUGGGAUGUCAACAAGCCGGCAGGCAAAGAGCUGGAGGGCCCCUUUGACCUCAUCCUGGCAUCCAACGCAAUUCACACCUUGGGCCUGGCAAACAUCACCGAGCAGCUGGCGCCCGGCGGCUUCCUGUUGGCGUACGAAGGGACUCGGCCGCUGCCAACCCUUGCCUGGGGCCUGGACAAGGUGACCUGGAACUUCACAGACGAGCGCGAGUACGGGCUCUGGAUGAGUCCCCAGCGCUGGCAUGCGCAGCUGGCAGCCGCCGGCCUAGUCAUGGUCUCCGAGCACACGUGCCCUGACGCGAGCAGGUGCAUGUUCCUUUACCGCAAGCCGGACAUGGCAGCCCGUAAUGACGUAAUCCUGAGGGCGCCACGUAUCGGCGCGUCAGAGGCUGCCAUGGACACCUGGCUGCAUGACUACACUGACUCACUCGACAGCGUGGCAGGAGCAGAGCGCGGGAAGCCCGCUACGGGCGGCCCCAAUGAAGAGGUAACGCCUGCACCCGACGCCGAGCCGGCGGCGGCCGGCCGGCUGUGGCUGACAGGGACGCUGCAGAGCAACGCAGGAAUCCUUGGGCUCAUGAAGUGCGCAAGAGCCGAGCCCCGGGGCGGUGCUCUGCGCUGUGUUAUGGAUGCCUCCUCCAAGUACAGCCUGCACAUCGGCGAUAGGCGCGGGGAUGUCAGCGAUGGCGAUGCUGUCCUGGCGCCGCUUGUUGAGCAAGCCCGCCAGCUGGACCUGACCUUCAAUGUCUUUGUGGAUGGCCGCCACGGUGCCUACCGCUUUAUCCCCAUGCCGGCUGACAGAUGGGACAAGCUGUCAGCAAGGGCGGGGGUGCCUCAGGGCGCGCAUCUGCAGGUGCAGACUUAUGGAGACCUCAAUUCCAUGCGCUGGGUGCAGAACCUGCCUCUGCCCUCCUCAGCAGACGGCUAUGUGGUCUGCGACGUUGACUACGGCGCGCUCAAUUUCCGCGAUGUGAUGCUUGCGUAUGGAAAGCUGAGCCGCGACCUGAUGGCGCACGGCAAGAAUGGCCAGGGCGGGGGUGACUACAUCGGCCUCGAAUUCUCCGGCAAGGUUGGGGAACGCCGCGUGAUGGGUGUGGGCCAGAACGCGAUAGCCACUCGCCUGGCGACACGUAGCGAGCUGCUAUGGGACUACCCGGCUGACUGGACCGCUGCCCAGGCCGCAACCGUGCCCGUGGCUUACUGCACCGCUUACUACUCCUUACUCAUGCGCGGCCGGCUCCGCCCUGGCCAGCGCGUGCUGAUACACUCCGGCAGCGGCGCCGUGGGAUUGGCGGCCAUCGCUAUCUGCCUGCACCGCGGCUGCGAGGUGUUUGUGACGUGCGGCUCUGCAGAGAAGAAGGCAUUCCUGAUGGAGAGGUUCCCGGCGCUUAAGGAAGACCACAUUGGCGACAGCCGCUCUACUUCCUUCGAGGCAGUCGUCCUGCGCGCCACCAAGGGGGCCGGCGUUCACAUGGUGCUCAACUCCCUGGCAGGCGACAAGCUGCAGGCGAGCGUCCGGUGCAUUGCUAGCUACGGCAAGCUGCUGGAGAUCGGCAAGUACGACAUCCUGAAGGGCACCGGACUGUCCAUGCGGCCACUGCUGCGCAACAUCGAUUUCCAAGGGAUCGAUCUCGACCGCGUUUUCAAUGACGGCGAGGACCCCGCGCAGAUGGCGGAACUGAGCGCUCUUCUGAAUGAGGGCAUCCGCACAGGCGAGGUGCAGCCGCUGCCAUUCAAGGUCUACAAGGCGGAUGAUGUACCUUCCGCCUUCCGCUACAUGGCCUCAGGCACACAUAUCGGGAAGGUCCUGGUGCAGCCAACCUUAGGGACAGAUGAGGUGGCUCCCUCUUCAGAGCUCAGCGCGGUGCCUCAGAUAAGCUUCAGGCCCGACAGGACGUAUGUGAUCACUGGAGGACUGGGUGGCUUUGGUUUGGCGAUGGUGAUCUGGAUGGCCGAAAAGGGCGCUCGCAAUUUCGUGCUGACUUCCAAGCGAGGCAUGCGCACGGGCGAGCAGGCUGCCUGCGUGCAGAGGCUGCGCGACAGCUUUGGCGCCAAGGUGGCGGUGUCAACCUUGGACGUGGCAAACCUCGACGAGGCACAUGCACUGAUCAAGCUCGCAGACAGCCAGGCGCCUGUCGGCGGCGUUUUUCACCUCGCCAUGAUUCUGAGCGACCGUUUCCUGACCAACCAGACUGGCGAGAGCUGGCAGAAGGUGGUGGAGUGCAAGGCGCAGGGGGCGCUGCACCUGGAUAUGGCCUGCCAGGGGCUGACUCACCUGGAGCACUUUGUCAUGUUCAGCUCCUCGGUUGCGUGGGCCGGCAACAGAGGCCAGGGCAACUACGCGUGGGCAAACAUGGUUGGCGAAAUGCUGUGCAAGUCGCGCAGGAGAGUGGGUCUGCCAGGCCUCGCCAUCUCCUGGGGCGCAGUGGCCGGUGUUGGGUACAUCGAAGAGAUCCUGCAGGGCAAGAUCAUCGGACGCAAGUUUGAGAUCAAUCCGCCGCAGCCGAUCGAGGACUGCCUCGUUGCUCUGGGCAAGUUCCUCUGCGGAGGCCCUUGCAUCGGCUCCAUGAUGGGCUGCAAUGCCACUCUGAACGAGCUGUACAGCAACACCGGCGGUGACAGUGACAAGGGCCUGGUGGCGUCGGUGCUGGGGCUGAUGGGCCUGAAGGAGGGGGAAGUUGGAGAGAACGACAGCCUGGCAGAUCUGGGCCUGGAUUCCCUGCAGCUGGUCGAGAUCCGCUCCAAGUACCAAGAAGUUGCAGAUGUCAGGCUUCUGUGGAGAGUGUGGGUCUUUGGGAGAUGUGCAAGAGUGGGCAUCAGCGAUAUCCCUGCAUCCUUUGGUGUGCAAAUCGGGACGCUGACCCUCGCGGGCCUGAGGGAGUUGGCCGAGGAGGCCGGGGAGUCGAAGACCGCGCCAGCUGAGGCGACCGAGCCGUCGGCCGCUGAGGAGCCACAGGGAGCUGCCGCAGAAGCCGCCCUGAAGCUUCCCGCUGAUGACACGCGCCCCAGCACCCCGCCGCAAGAGAAAGAGGAGAUCGCCCCGCGCACUCCUGACCGCCAGAGCCUGCCCACUAUUCCCCGUCCGCCAUCGCCGACUGCGCUGACAACUCCGAUUGUGGCCAAGCCAGUCAAGGCGUACGAAGGGAAAAGGCCGGUUCGCAGCCCAUCAACGGACUCUGCCUUUGACUCAGAGAUCCCGAUCCCGGCCGUUGCGCCAAAGUCCGCCGCGCAAAAAAUCGCCCCGGGCCCGGCCCCCGCCGCAGUAACGGCGGCCGCCGCAGCCGCCGCCCAUGAGCGCCCCUGGCAGCGUGAGGCCAAGUGGGCCGUCUCAACUCUCAUCGGCAUUCUGUACAUCGGAUCCGUGCUCAUGUCCGUGGGAGUUCCCUGCUUCGCCGCCGCCGCUGGAGUCGGAACGAAUCUGGGCAUCUGGGCGGCUCUGCCGCUCAUUCCUCUUGUCUGGUUGGCGCUCGGAUUCGGCCUCUGCUUUGCAUGCGUGCUGACCAAGCGCAUAUUUGGACCUCGACUGUCCCCCCGCCACCCCAUCAAAAUGUUCUCCGGCGACUUUGCUCGCUGGUGGCUGGUGAACAGGAUGGUGGGCGUGACAACAAUGAUCUUUGCCGACCAGCUGCGCAGCACAGGCUUGCUCGUCUCCUGGCUGCGGGCAAUGGGGGCGCACAUCGGGGAGAAUGUUGUGAUCGACACCCUGGACGUGACUGACUUUGACCUGAUCAGCAUCGGAGACAACGUGGCGAUCGGUGAAGGCGCCACGGUCAUGGGCCAUUACUACAAGGGCGGCUUCUUGCACUUUGACGAGGUGGUCAUUGGGGACGGGUGCCGGCUGGACCCUUUCAGCCUGGCAGGCCCGGGACUGACUCUGCUCAAGGGAGAGCAGCUGCCGGCGCUCGCCACAAAGCCUCGCAAGGCCGCCCCCGUCGCGGGCAUGUACACUAUCGCCCUGGUGACGGCGCCUGCGGUCUACUCAGCGCUGUUUGUCAUCGCCCGCACGAUGGCGUUCCUGGGACUCCAGCUUCCCUUCAUGACUUCCCCUGCCGUCUACGCUGUCGCCGCCCUGACCGCCAUGGUCUCCCCGCUCUUCAUUCCCAUGCUCUUCCUGGCGCUGCCGGCCGAGGCCGGGGCUCUGGCAGCACUCCUUCACCCGGCAACGGCGCUUCUGUUCGUGCCCCUUGUGCCUGUCGCCUACGUCAUCUUCGGCGUACUGCUGUGCGCUGCCAUGGUCGCCAUCAAGUGGGCCGCUCUGGGCCGUGCCAAACCUGGCACUCACAGGCGGCUGUCGGAGUAUGGACUCCGAUUCUGGCUGGCCCAGAGAGCGGUCGAGAUGGGCUAUAAGCGUUUCGCCAUCAUGUGCAUGGGCACAUGGGCGAUCAAUGUGUACCUCAGAGCCAUGGGCGCCAAGAUUGCAAAGGAGGUCAACAUCCGCUUCGGCAAUAUGAUGCUCACCCCAGACAUGCUCGACAUUGCCGAAGGGGUGCACAUCGGCGAUACGGCCAACAUUUUGACUUCCAGGGCGCUGGACGCAGACCGAGUCCUCGUUGGCAAGGUUGAUAUCGGGCAGCAGGCCUCGGCUGAACCAGGCGCUGACCUCAUGGCUCAGAUGCUCUACUUUGGAACACCCGCCACUGCCCUGGUCAAGACCACCGUCCGCCUGGGGGUGAUGGACCCGGCAACGACUCCCGGCGAGAAGCUGCGCUUCGCGGUUGCUCCCCUGCUGCAGCCGCUGCUCGCAUUCCUGGUCGUCACAAUUGCAGCGCAUGCCGCCUCAAUUCUGGCAGCGGCCGUCGCGGCUUUGGCUCCUUCUCCCAACGUGGCUCUGGCGCUCGCACCGCUUGUUUACACUGCCUUCGGGGCAGGCCAGAUUCUUUUGAUUGCUGGGUGCAAGGCCCUCCUGGUGGGCAAGCUGCAGCCUGGAAGGGUGUGGAAGAAAAACGAGGCCUUCAAUCUGCAACGCACCCUUGUGCUCAUGAGCCAAAUCCCCCUCAGCCACACCUUUGCUGAGGCAAUCAGGGGCUCGUUCUGGCACAAUGUCUCUGGCCGCAUCUGGGGCAUGACUGUUGGGAAAGAGGUGGUUUUAGACUCAUGCAUGGCGCACAACGAUUUUGACCUGCCCCUGGUCGAAGACAGAGUCAUUGUGGGGCGCAACGCGAUUGUGUUCUGCCACCUGGGUUUAUAUCGCAAGAACGGGCAGCUCGUUAUCCACCAGGACAAAUCAAAGUUUGGCAAAGACAGCAUAAUCGGAGCACGCUGCACCACGCUGCCGGGUUAUGACCUGCCUGCCAGCCAGGCGCUCCCCCCCCUGCAGCUCGGCGGCGACGGUCUGUAG